UGUUUAAACCUAUUGACAAUAUUUUGAAGCCACUUGCUCUUCUGCAAAACCCAACAUGUGCCUACCUGCCAUUCUUCUCUACAGGACUGCCCGAGUGGCAGUACGGCAACCCGACGGAACGCUUAUCACUACGGAAGGCAAAGAUCAGCAAGUUUUGUACAUCACGCAGCAUGGCAUACUAGGCGGAACAGGCCAAGUUGCGACAUAUCUAAUGCAACCGGAAAUGACAAAUGUUCGGGCAGAAAUAAUUUACCGCUCUAUGCAUCCCGUGUGUAAUUAUGUUUGGAAGCUCAAGACUGAUUAUUGGCAACUACAAGUGAGAUUCACAUCUCCAUGGCAGCCCUUUGCUCAGCUGGCUUGGUUCUUAUCCCCUGAAGGAUAUCGUUGUAUCGCAACGGCCUACUUCGCUCGAGCUGCUAGUGAAGUGGUUGUACGAAUGGGUCCCUCGGGCCGGGCUGUCGGCAAAGCCACCCAAACUCCCUCCGCUGGCCACGGCUCACCUAUCACCUGUUCAAUUGAUAUCGAUAAUAUCACAGAACAUGAUCAGAUUGUCAUUUUCCUACCAGACGAUCCCACCGUGGCUCCUGUGCUGUCCCAAGCAUUCCGAAGCUCAGCCACCGAAUUGGUUGCACAGGUUGCACAGCCAAUUCCAUCUUACACUAACGAAGGUUUCAGUCUGAGUAGCAGACUACCAUACGAAACUAUUAUAGCAGGAUUGGGCCCAUCCAGCAAUGGAGAUAUAACCUCGACAGUUAACAACAGGGUCAAUACUGCCGAUGCAGUCCAAUUGGGAGGUUACAUGAGCGUCUGUGUCCCGCUUCCGAGUAACGAUAUCUCUCUUUUUCACUCACAACCCGACCAACUGUGUUGCGAUUCACGUCAAUACCACCCGCCAUACACAGACAGCGCAAGUUCAGCUUCGAACUCAAGUUUCGGCGUACACUCAGAUGAUGGAAUAAAUGCGCAAUUUGUGGAUGACAUUGACGAUAGAUGUAUUGUCGUCAAACCUCUGCCCUGACCAGUGGCUAGUUUUCGGUUGUGAAAGAUGGAGGAUGGGACUUCAGUCUAAUGCUGCUGUGGAUGAUCUACGAAUUGAUUGCAACGGAGCAAUACAAGAAUAUUUUAAAGCGAGCAUCAGCCAUAUGAUGAAGUCUGAGGAUCGUAAGAAGCAUGUGAUGCAAUGCCCACCAGUGAGGCCCAAACACCGACAAGAAGGAAUGUGC